AUGCCAGAACCCAACUCCCCCCUCCGCAUCGCCAUAAUCGGCGCCGGUCCCGCAGGCCUCAGCGCCGCAAUCUCCCUACAGAAAGCCCUACCUUUCACCGAGAUAACAAUCUACGAGCAGGCCACUGUCCUCCGCGAAAUUGGUACCGGUCUAAACAUCCAACCUAAUACAUGGCGCAUGCUGGACGCCCUCAAUGUGUCGAAGAAUAUCAACCCGCACACGAUUUUUAGGACUAGCGAUGGGCACGCCGUGCAGCAUCGGAAUGGGCGGACGGGGGAGUUGCUGUGUAGUCUUGGGCAAGAUGGUACGCCGCCACGCCAUCUCCACGCGCGUGCCCUCCGCUCGGUUUUGCAAACGGCUCUCCUGGCGAAUGUGGAGGUGCCAAUAGUCCUGGACUCGCGUCUUCUCCGGGUCACGGAGGGCCAGCAUGGAGACGCCCCUUUGAAUCCUGUCACGGGCUCGCCCUCCCUAGCACUGCACUUCUCUAACGGCCAUACUACAACCGUUGACCUGCUCAUCGGCGCCGACGGCGUCCGCUCUGUGACUUGUUUACACGGGAAAACAGCCUACCGCGGCCUCAUUCCCGCUGAGAAACUCCUGGGUAUCGAGGGCUUUCCGGACGCAGUGACCUUCUGGCAUGGGCCGAGCGAGUGGGUUUAUACGUGUAAUUUGAGACAUGGGCUGUACGAACUUACGUGCAUGGCUGGGGUGUCGAAGCCCGAGAGUGAGGAGUGGGGGGAGAAGGUUGUGCGGAGGGAGGAGUUUAUGAGGCCGUGGAAGGACUUUGGCCCUCUUGUCCAGGAAGUCCUCAGCCAUUCAACGGAGAUCCAACGGUUUCCGCUCUUUGCUGGUGCACGGUUGGAGAAGAUCGUUUCUAGGGGCUCUAUUGCGUUGAUAGGGGAUGCGUCUCAUCCACUAUCCGGAGCGUUUGGAGCAGGCGCGGCCUUCGCCUUCGAAGACAGCUUCGUCCUAUCUCGCGCGUUAUCAUGGGCAUACACGCGUGAUCUUCAACUCUCUGAAGGGUUGGACCUCUACGACCGUGUCCGCUCGCCGCACUACAAAGCGCUGUAUGGGAUUCUGGAUAGAUUCAGGGAGUCGGAUGCACGGAUGGAGACACUGGGUCUGGGGUUUGAUGAGGCGGUUCGGCAUUCGGUUAGAGAAAAGUGGGGGGAGGAGGCUGGGUUUGGGUGGGUUUAUGGGUAUGAUGUACAGGAGGUGUGGGAGAGAGUUGUUGGGGAGGAGGAUGAGAGGCUGAAGCAGACUGCGGAGGCGCACUUACCGUGA